AUGGCGACCAGGGGAGCCGACCUGCCUCCGGCGUCGUGCGAGGCGCCCCCGCCGCCGCCGCCGCUGCUGACCAUCCUCCACUUCAACGAUGUCUACGAGGUCCAGUCGCGUUCGGAGGAACCCGUGGGAGGCGCGGCGAGAUUUGCUACAGCUUUACGACAAUUUAAUCAACAGGAUCCCCUGAUUCUUUUUAGUGGUGACUGUUUAAACCCCUCACUGUUAAGCACAACAACAAAAGGACAACACAUGAUACCAAUUCUUAAUGCUUUUGGAGUACAGUGUGCAGUAUUUGGAAAUCAUGAAUUUGACUUUGGAGUCGAUCUGCUGGAAGAAUCUGCAUCGCAGAUGAAUUUCCCCUGGUUGCUCAGCAAUGUAUUUGACUUAUUUACUUUGCGGCCAUUAGGACAUGGUUUGGAGAACAGGAUAAUUGAAUGGAAUGGUGUAAAAGUAGGCCUAAUAGGCUUAGUGGAAGAAGAAUGGCUUGAUACCCUACCAACUGUUGAUAAGUCAAAUGUGAAUUACAUUGAUUAUGUUCGUGUUGCUGACCAACUUUCCAAAGAACUUCGAGUCAAAGGAGCAGAACUUGUGAUUGCUUUGACGCACAUGAAAUGGAGUAAUGAUAUAAGACUUGCAAAGCAUUCCCAGGGUUUGGAUUUGGUGCUUGGAGGUCACGAUCAUGACUAUGGCAUCAAAGAGGUUAAUGGAAUUCUUAUUGUGAAAAGUGGAUCAGAUUUUAGAACUCUAACUAAAAUUGACAUUGCAAGAACUCCCGUAAACAGUUUCAAAUACACAACACAGAAGAUAGUUAUUACAAAAGAUUUGGAAGAAGAUGAUUUUGUGAAAAGCAUUGUCGAAGAGUUUACCUUCAAUCUUGAGCACCAAUUCGCAGAAGUGCUCUGUCAAAUAGAUGUAGAAUUGGAUGGACGCUUUACCACCGUGCGAAAAUCAGAGAGCAGUUUAGGAAAUCUCGUUACAAAUGCCAUGUUGGAAGCUACUCAUGCUGAUGUGGCAUUGCUUAAUUCAGGUACACUACGCUCAGAUCGGUUACACCCACCAGGUGAUUUUACCAUGCACGAUCUUUUGUUAGUUCUACCUAUUGUCGAUCCACUUCUCGUGGUCCAGGUGACAACUCAACAGUUAUUAGAAGCUUUAGAAAAUGGAGUCAGCAUGUAUCCAGAACCUGAUGGAAGGUUUCCUCAGGUGGCAGGAUUAGAGUUUGGAUUUGACCCAAGCGCACAACCAGGCCACAGGAUUGUUGUAGACUCGGUGAAGAUACAGGGACAGUACCCAGACUCGAAUAGAAUCUACUUACUUGCAAUUAAAGAAUAUCUAGCAAAAGGAAAGGAUGGUUAUGUGAUGCUCCGGAAUUGUCAUUGGCUGAUUGAUACAGAAACUGCCCCCAGUCUCUCCAGUGUUGUCAUUAACCAUUUUGAAUCAGUAAAAAUUGUUCAGGGGCUGAAGAAAUGUAAAUCAGGACAUCGGAUGAGUUUAAUCAAGAUCUCCAAAUCUGCAUCGGUCACAGAUUUUGAACAGAAAACAGAUGAUACGCUUGCAGUUGCUGCUGUCCCUGAUGUGGAAGGAAGAAUAUAUCAUGUAACUGAGGAAAUGAAACAACAUCUCAGUCAACUACGAUCUGUGCGAGAACAAGGCCAAAGAACAUUUCCAUUGGGUUUAUCAAAUGCCGACGACUCCCUUGAUUGUGAUUUCAAGCAAUAAGAAUAGUUCUCAAAGCACUGUAUUCUCAAUUUGUUCACUUAUGUACCAAAAUUUAAAAUAUUCCUUUGUAUUUUGUAAACUAAUAAACUUCGUAAAUGGUUCUUUUGUAUAUAAAACUAGCUGAAACAUUUUU